CAAGGCAGUGCAAACUCGUUAAACAUCGCUUUCUUGCUUUAUGGCUUUAUCUUCCACUCUCACUCACGCCACCACCAUCUACUAACCAGGGACACCUUCCCAUUCGCCCCACCUCCCAAAAAAAAAAAAAAAGAAAAAAAACUACCAUUUUUCUUGACUACUUAUUACAAACCCUUUUCUUGAUCUCCAAGCAUUUUCCUAAUAUAAAUAUUCGUAUAGUUUUAUAUGUGCGUUUUAUUGUUUUCUUGCAAUGUUGUUCGCAUAGCGGAAAAAGUUAUGGCGUGGUCAAGCUGCAACUGUGAGAGUAUCUGUAAGGAGAUUCAUGAUUCUUGGGGACAGCCUGCUCAUUUGAUUCAACAUCUGGCUGGCCUGACUCAACUCGAAUGCAGGAAAACUAGGGAGACGUAUGUGAAGAUUUAUGGGGAGGACCCUGCUCAGCUUCUGCUUCAGAGUUCGGAAUCCUCUAGCCAAGGAACCGGAGUUUCUCAGAGGACAUAUGCGGCUUUGUCAAUGAUGAUGGUCAAUCCGCAUGAACGUGACGCAAUUGUGGCUAGAGAGGCAUUUGAGCAGAAUGAUACGGUGAAUUACAAGGCUCUGAUUGAAAUAUUUACUUGCCGGAAAUCAAGUCAUGUUCUUCUCAUACAAGCAGCCUAUCAUGCAAAAUAUAAGAGGCAAUUAGAUCAAGACAUUAUCAGCAUCGAACCUUCCCACCCCUAUCAAAGGAUUUUGAUGGCAUUGUCUGCAUCACACAAAGCACUCCAAGCUGAUGCCAGCCAACACAUUGCCAGGUGCGAUGCCAUGAGGCUUUACCAAGCAGGGGAGGGAAAGCCGGGGGCAGUUGAUGAAGCAGUUCUGCUAGAAAUUCUCAGUAAAAGGAGCAUUCUUCAACUGAGGCUGACAUUUUCCGCCUAUAAGCACAUCUUUGGUCACACUUACACGGCUUUUAGUUUUCGGUUUUCCUUGACAAUUUUUCAGUCCCUCAAGAAUGAAAAAUCAGGAGAAUUCGAAGAUGCCCUGAGAGUGGUGGUGACAUGCAUAUGCAACCCGCCAAAAUAUUAUGCAGAGACAUUGUAUGCAUGCAUAAAAGGGACAGCAACAGAUAAAGGAGCUUUGGUCCGAGUUAUCAUGAGCAGAGCAGAGGUGGACAUGAAUGAAAUACAAAAGGUUUUCAAGAAGAAGUAUGGGGUAGAACUUAUGAUUGCUAUGAGCGAAAGUCUUCCAUCUGGGGAUUAUGGAGAGUUAGUUCUUGCACUUGCAACAAAGACAUGUAGAGUACCUGAUGGCUCCGUCUAAAACAGUUCAUUUAUGUUGCCCGGCAGGCAUAGUAUUUCUAGUAGCGAUAUCAAGUCUUAACAAGCAGCACUGUUUGGGAUCUAAUUAAUCCAUUAGUUGUAGCUAAUACUAGACUAGUAUGUUGCAGUAACUUGGUUAACUUAUCUGUUUCGGGAGCUGAUAUUAGCAAUUUCACGAAGAGGAUGUUCAUUCAGAAUCUGUCUCAGCAGGAAUUAGUGCCCACGUUCUUGAGUUCUGAUAAAUUAUUAUUAUUGGCAGCCGUCUCA